AUGUCAUGCCUUGCGUCCGGCACGCCCUUGCACCACUACAUGAGGUCCCUGCGAAGGCAGCCGGAUCCUGGCGGUGGCAGUGGCACGCUGCGUCGAUUCCCCAUGUUCACGGUGCCCUUCAAGGUGCUGAUGAAGAUGACGAAGGUCGAAGCACACGAAGUUCUCAAAGAGCGGGGGGAGCUAGUGGAGUUCAAGCAGAGCAUGGGCCAGGCUGCCUUUGUCUCACACCAGUGGGUCUCUGUGCAUCAUCCAGAUCCAGAGUUCAAGCAGAUGCGCGUCUUGCAAGAAGCUCUAAGCCAUGUCCUUGAUGAUUUGACGUACAUUCCCUUGGACAGCACGUCAGAGACGGCUGUCCCUGGUGCCAAGCCAUUGCACGUGAAAGAGCUCCGGUCACAGCCCCUGUUCUUCUGGUAUGACUAUUUCUCGUGCCCUCAGCUGCACAUCAACAGGCAGCACCUCCUGAAUGCAAUUGACAGCAUCUCUGAGUACGUGGCAGACAGUAGAUUUUUCUUGGCUCUCUGUCCCACCGUGGUAGAUACAAAUGGAUCCCGGGUGCUAACACGUAAAACGUGGCUGCACAGGGGCUGGUGUAGAACGGAAAAAGCUUGCCGGGAGUUGUCUGAAAAGGAGUCUUGGAUCAUGAUAAAGAGCUCCAGGAACAUCGAGCUGAAAAUUAUUGGUGGGUUAGCAGAGCUGGUCUCCGUCGGCGAAGGAUCCUUCAGCGUUGAUGACGAUCGCACAAAGAUCACCCCCGUUCUCCUGCGAGCAGUGAGGCGCAAGUUGUUCCUGCUGCUCGAAAGACAGGACUUGGUGGGAUACCGGGUUUUGCUGAACCAGCAGCCGGUGCUUCUGCGAGGCUUGUCGCAGGAUUACGUCGCGGUGCUCCCGAGUUUUCAGACCGACCGGGAGCUGGAGCUGAAUGACACGCUUUUGGCUGUGGCAGAGUUCUUGCAUAAGAAUGGCUUCAAGGGUGUCAGCGACAGAGACCGUGCUGGCUGGUCGCCUAUGCAUUAUGCCGCUCUACGCGGUGAUCCUCGAUUAGUUAGGGGCUUGCUCGACAGCCGUGCGGAUCCAAACCGGGUUACGAAGAAGGCUUCGCAUCGUCUGGUACUGCCGAUAUGGACCCCACCCCUUGCCAUUUGCUGCGCAUACAAGCACCACGAAGCGGCUCGUUUGUUACUCUUGGCGAGAGCAUGUGCCACAGCCCCGUCGCUUGCUUCGCCCAUGUACUGUGCGGCUGCCGCCGACGACCCGGAGGGAGUCCGAGCUCUUCUGGAUGCCAGGUGCAACAUCUAUCAGCAGAACCUUGCUGCUGUUACUGCGGUGGAACCAGCUGCCAGUUACGGCUCCGUGGCUGCAUUGCAGGAGCUGGAAGCGCAGUCAACGAGCGAAUUGGCCACGAAGCACAGCCUGCACAUGGCAAUGCUCCACGACGGCUCUGCAGAAAUAGCAAAGAAGCUGCUCGAUCUCAGAGCAAACUUGAACGACCAGAACUUCGAUUGGUGCAAGCGCACAGCCUUCGUUCGACUACUCUGUGCCAUGUCGCAGCUGCAGCAUCGAAUGGGCAAAGUGUCUCAGUUUUCCAGACAAGUUUACCAUGCCGAACGUGCCACGCCCCUCAUGUUCGCGCUGCUCGGCUCGCAUUACGAAGGUGCUGAAGUUCUCAUUGCCGCGGGAGCUCGACUUGACCUCCGCAAUUCGCGGGGUUGGACAGCAGCAGACACAGCGGGUGCCAGACUUCUUAAGUCGGGCGUUAAAAGGCCCAGGCCCAGAAUUAGUGGUGCACUGCGGAACGUCUCAGCCAGAGCCGGAGCAUCUCGACGACGGCGAGGGCUGUGA